AUGUCCUCUAUUCAAGUUCAAUCAGCCGAAGUAAACAAUCUCGCUCGAUCCACUCAUCUCAUUACUGGUGAAUCUGAAAUUGGUGAAUCACAGCAGCAACAAUGUUUUCAACCACCAAUUUACUAUGAUAGCAACACUAUAGAACAGCGAGAAGGUCUUCAUCGUUCACUAGCACAAAACCCCAACAUGUUGAAUGAUUUUUAUCAGUAUCUUGAAUUUACUCGAGCUCGUAGUGCACAACAGUCGUUUCAGCAUACUUACAACGAUCAAAUAAACCAAGAGCAACAACAAAUUCCGUCAAUUUUAAAUAUUACAACAAGCCCUCAACAUAAAUCAUCAACUCCAAAGCGUAAUCGACCGCUCAACGAGAGCGAUGGAUCAAUCAGUUCAGCAUAG